AUGCGUGGUGCCGAGACUGGUAACGCCCAUGGGUCGGACCAUGUCCUCGUCCGUACACGCCUGAAAGUUCACCUCUCAUCCGCACCAAAAAUGCCACGUCCUAGACGCCUCAAUGUCGCAAAAAUCCGGCAAGCCAGCACUGACGAGGCCCUAAGCAGAGAAAUCCGGACCUGUUUUACGGCCCGAGCCGACGGAGAAGUCAGUAACCAGUGGUCGUCACUGAAGAGAUCAGUCUAUGGGGCAGCUGAGAAAAUCCUUGGAUACACCCAGCGACGCCGCAGUGACUGGAUCAGCGGAAGAACCCUGCAGUUGUCUGCUCAGACGGCUAGAGCCAGGUCCCGCAACGAUGACUACUUCCGCCAACUUCGGAAGAUGACGGCAAAAUCGGCCAGGGAUGACCGGAAACAAUAUUGUGCUGAAAUAGCGACAUCCAUGGAACAGGCCUCGAACGUUGGUGACACUCGAAAGCUCUAUCGUCUGAUCCGCCAAGUUAGCGGUAAGCCCUCUACACUGAGUGACUCUGUUCGCGAUGUGAACGGCGGCUUUAUUGCUAACAACUCGGCCAAAGUCGAGCGCUGGCGUGAGCACUUUGAGCACCAUCUCAACUUCGAUACCCAACCUACAUCGCCCUUGUUCUCCUCUUCAGCGGAGUUUCUUCCCUCUCCUACCUAUGCAGUGCCAUGCGAUCCCCCCUCCGAGGCAGAAGUCGCCGAUGCCAUACGAAAGUUGCGCAACAAUAAGGCACCCGGAGAGGACGGUAUACCCGCUGAAAUCUUUAAGCUUUGUGCCGACACUCUGGCGCACUGGCUCCAUGAGAUGCUUGAACGAGCGUGGAGAGACGAGGUUGUUCCUGAUGACUGGGGCUUAGGCAUCCUUGUACCUAUCCUCAAGAAGGGAAAUAAGACGAGAUGCGAGAACUACCGCGGCAUAAGUCUCGGCGACGUUGCUGCGAAGGUCUUCGCUAUUGUCCUACUCAGACGAUUCCAGGCUGUGCGUGACUCAAGGACGAGGCCCAACCAAGCCGGAUUUCGUGCUGAACGUGGAUGCGCAGAUCAGAUAUUCACACUGAGGCGCAUUCUCGAAUUUAGCCAUAGCUACCAACAACCGACGGCCGUCUGCUUCGUUGACUUUGCCGCCGAGUUCUAUUCCGUUUACCGUGAGUCCCUGUGGCGGAUAAUGGCGCUAGAUGGUGUACCGGCAAAAAUCAUCGCCAUGAUCAAGGCCUACUAUCGUUCCACUACUGCGAGAGUCCUGGUCCGUAACAAUUUUUCCCAACCGUUCGGUAUUCGGUCUGGCGUCCGACAGGGUUGUAUCCUGUCACCCAUACUGUUCAACUACGCUAUUGACUGGAUCCUCGGGAGGGCCCUACGCGACAGUGACGGUGUUGAAUUUGCACCCGGACAUCAACUGACUGAUCUCGACUACGCCGAUGAUAUCGCCUUACUUGCUUCAAGUUUUAGUGAUCUGCAGUCUAUGGUGUCACGAGUGAACGAGGUCGCUAAAUCAGUCGGUUUGUCCAUAAACGCAGGGAAGACCAAAGUAUUCUCAAGCUGCAUCCCUGACCAGUAG